GUAGCGGGCCUUUAUUUGAAAGGAGUACGAAUGCCUGCUUGAACGUCAUCGAUCCACAGUCAACCUCGAGCCAUGUUUCCAGCUCCACACCACAGCGUCCCGGGAUACGUGAAGCCUCUUUUGGACCUGGCCCUCGGCUCGGAGGGGCCCCCGGGCCCCCUCCUCUCGGCCUCCGACGACCGGACCCGCCCGUGCUCCGGCGGCCUCCCCCGGCUCGGGCCGACGGCGGCGCGGACCGCCAGCUCCCUGUCCAGGCGCAGGAAUCCGAUUGGCGGAAGGAAGGCGGAGUGGAAUGAUGUCAAAUCGGCAGACAACAUUCCAGUUGCCCCGCAAGGAUCGGGGCAAUCCCAGUGGGGGGCCCCCUCCCGCCUGGCAUUCCCCCUUUUUAGAGGGAGUAAGGGGGGGGGGGGCUCCCUUUAUGCCCGCUGCGGUCCACUCCUCCCUUCCGAUCCUUUCGGCGCCAUGGACCUGUUGGAGCCCCCAAAGGAGCGUCCCAAAGGCUGGUAUCUGUCUCUCAUGGCCCCCAACCGGAAAGGGCCGGCCUUCGCCUGGCUGGACCCGUCCAGACUCUACUGCAACUCGCAGGCCCUGGCGGACUGCGUGGAAGACGUGGUUCGCCCUUUCCGCCACGACGCCGUCGACCUGGUGGCCGGCAUCGACGCCAUGGGAUUCAUUCUCGGGGGGGCCAUCGCCAGCACGCUGGGCAAAGGCUUCUUGGCCAUACGCAAAGCCGGCCAUCUUUGCGUGAGCGGCCGGCGGGAGACGUACAGCGACUACACGGGCAGGGAGAAGACCAUGGAGGUGCGAGACGACGCCAUCAAACCAGGCGUGAGGGUGCUGUUGGUGGACCAGUGGAUCGAGACCGGAGGAACCAUGACGGCCGCCAUCCGGCUGCUGGAAAGGAUGGGCGCCACCAUCGUAGGCGUCGCCGCCGUGGCCGUGGAGAACAGCGAAGGAGGGAAGUGGAUCAAAGAAAAUUACAAGUGCUCGCACUGCGUCCCUGAGGAGCUCCAAGGCCAAAUCGACGGGAAAUAUUUGGACUCCUUCCGGAGCUUCGAGACACGAGAUGCCCACUUUUCAGCGUAAUGACUCGACUGCGCUUUCCACAACAUUCCUUUCAAAGAAAACAUUUUAUUGCUGACGU